CGCCCGCCCCGUCCGCCGCCAGGAGGGCGGCCCGCCCGCCCCGACGCCAUGGGUGCCGCCGCUCCCAGCCGCCCGCCCAGGCGCUCUCGGAGGUGCUGAAAGCUCCAUCCCGCCUCGUGUCGUGGGACCAGCCUGGCUAUUGAGCGCCAAAGCAGGAUCCGGCCGAGCUGGCUGGGAUGCUGAAGCAGGAGAGCUGAGCCUUGGAUCUAAUGCACCGCGCCCCACGGGAAUUGUUGGUCAACGGGCUCCCUGGACCCCACGCUGAACUCUGCCUUGCCCCAGCCCCACCCUCCCCCGCCAGGUCCGGACUGCCGGCCAAUGUCCGCCUGAAAGGUGCCGGGUGCGAGCGAUCGGCUGGGGCUGGGGGGCGAGCCUGGCCAUGGAAGGCUCCAACGGAUUUGGGAUCGACUCCAUCCUGUCCCACAGAGCGGGGAGCCCGGCCGCGCCCCAAGGAGACCCGCUGAUGGGGGAGUGCAGGUCCCCCCUGGAACUAAGCCCCGGCUCCGAAGUCAGCAGCGGGUGCCCGUCUCCCCACUCGCCAGGGAAGGAAUGCCUGGAGGCGGCGGCUCCCAGGCAAGGGGUGGCCGUGGGCUUGGAAUCUCACCUCCAGCCGGGGCAGGGCUCGGCGCCUUCCCAGUCCAGAACAGUGACCUCGUCUUUCCUAAUCAGGGACAUCCUCGCCGAUUGCAAGCCCCUGGCAGCCUGCGCGCCUUACUCUAGCACCAAUGGACAGAGCGGCCCGGAGCCGGCGGGGCGAAUCCCGGCCAAACCCGGGGAGGACUUUAGAGAGAAAAUGGACAAAAGUAGCAGCAACGCCUCGUCGGACUCGGAGUACAAAGUGAAAGAAGAAGGGGACCGAGAAAUCUCCAGCUCCAGGGACAGCCCCCCGGUGAGGCUGAAAAAGCCGCGCAAAGCCCGCACCGCCUUCACCGAUCACCAGCUCGCCCAGCUGGAGCGGAGCUUUGAGAGGCAGAAAUACCUGAGUGUGCAGGACAGGAUGGAGCUGGCGGCCUCCCUCAACCUCACUGACACCCAAGUGAAAACGUGGUACCAGAACAGAAGGACCAAGUGGAAGAGGCAGACAGCAGUGGGCCUGGAGCUACUGGCAGAAGCUGGGAAUUAUUCAGCCCUCCAGCGAAUGUUCCCAUCUCCCUAUUUCUACCCGCAGAGCUUGGUCUCCAACCUGGACCCCGGAGCGGCCCUCUAUCUGUACCGGGGUCCCAGCGCCCCUCCCCCGGCUUUGCAGAGACCUUUGGUACCCCGGAUCCUCAUUCACGGACUGCAGGGGGGUAGCGAGCCGCCCCCACCUUUGCCCCCCCUGGCAGGCGUCCUCCCGCGAGCGGCUCAACCGCGGUGAAGCGCCGAGUUCGCAGCAAAGCCCGCUGCCAAGGAAGCCAAGAGGCCCCCUCUGCUCCCUUGCGUAGACCGCCCUGACCAUCAGAAACUGUACCCCGAGCCUGGGGGGGGAGAGAGGCGGGCCGGAUCCUUGGCACUUCAACCCCCGCCUAGCCACCUCACAAAACCAUCGUUCACCCUAACGGAGCAAGAGGAACCUGGAAAGGAAAAAAACACAUCAAAGGAAAAUCUCGCGCGCUCUUUCGAUGCGGUUGGUGAUCCGCGCUGCCUAACCUAGAAGGGGGUGAGCGAUCGCCUUCCUAGCAAUGGAGAAAGGGAACCUAACAAACAACAACUCAAACUUCCUGGAAAGCAUCUGUUCAACUCUGGGGUGGGCGGGAGACACGGAGGAGCUAGGAGGAAACACACAAAUAGACAAAUCUUUUGUGAUCGCCCAGACACAGACGAUUCCGAAAGACCUUUCAAUACUGAAAAAUAUCCUCCUUAAAAACAUUGAGGGGAUAUAAUUCCCCCCUCCCGCGCACACGCACAACACAGAUUUUUCCGGCUUCACCCCCCCCCCGCCCUUCUCUUUUUGCCCAUUGAGGCCUUUCUGCCCCUUCCCCCGCUUUCUAGCACUAAACUUUGCCACACACACAAAGGAGACUUGUUUCAGAGUAGCAGCCCUGUUAGGCUGUAUCCCCAAAAAGAACAGGAGUACUAGUGGCACCUUAGAGACUAACCAAUUUAUUUGAGCAUAAGCUUUCCUGAGCUACAGCUCACUUCGUGGGAUGCAUGCAGUGGAAAAUACAGUGGGGAGAUUUAUAUACACAGAGAACAUGAAACAAUGGGUGUUCAUAAAUUGGUUAGUCUCUCAAGUGCCACAAGUUCUCCUUUUCUUUUUAAAGGAGACUUGGGGACAGAUAAUACCCAAAGAUCAAAUAAGGAAUCUCCACAAGUUGCAGAAUUCAGAAGCGUUCCCCCUUCAGACGGAGUUAGUUUGAAGAGAGGAACCGAAUUAAUCUGCUAAAUAAGCCUUUUUUUUUUCUUUUUUUUUUUAAAGAGCCGUAUUACGUUUUAAAGGAUCAAUAACAAGACGAGGUUUAGGAUUCUGGGUGUAGGAGACAGACCGUUAAACACAUCUCAGGUUUUGUUUCCAUUCAAAGAAUUCACUGCGUUCCAAUUAUGUUCCGGCUUGAAGCUCUAUUUCACCAGCAGGACCAGCUCUUGGCUAACUUCAGGCUGGAGUUUCCAGUUCCUUGCAGUUCCAAACACACUUCCUCGAAAGAAAAGAAAGAAAGACAGACUUCCCUCAUGCUAAACACGCGCCCGACUUCAGUGGUUUUUGCCUGAGCAAGGGCUGGAGGAUGAGGCAAAGGUAAUUGCCAAUAAACUAGCUCACCUGAGCAUGGCUUCUCAUUUUUGUUGGUUUGUUUGUUUGUUUUGUUCCCAAGUAUUAGCCAUUCUCCUUUCUGCCAUCCCCAGGCCGCGCUUUGCGAUAGGGCAUCCGUUCCUGGCCUUUGUAAGUAACAAUUCUACUUGUGCAGAAAUGGGGGUAGGUAGGCGGAUGGCCCGCGUGUGCUGACAUGAAACAUACAACAUCUGGACCCUCGUUAGAUCCAUAAUGAACAGCUCGGAGCUCGCCCCAUGGCACCGACCCAUUGGGUCGCAGUAUUACCUAGAGUAAGAGGAGCCCUUUCAUGCUAACCCGAGAGUAUGUAACUAAGAAAAAAAUUGUAAAUACUUGUGUGCAAAAUGUAUAUGAAUUAUUUAUUUGUGAACCCCGAGGACGUAUUUGUGUAAGUGAUUCUUGUAAGUCUGUAUUCCCGGGUUCUCCUGUCUGGACUUUGCAAGGAAAAGAAGCGAAGGAGAAUUCGGCUUUAAAGAGAUCAGAAAAGAAAAACAAAACAAAACUCUGGCUCGCUCUCUCUCUUUUUUUUUAAAUGUGGAAAUAAACUUCUUUACAAACAAGCA